UAUGUCAUCACCAAAUUGUUUCUUGAGUUCAAUUCAAUUAAGUGAUGACAGUUGUGUUUUUUCAAUACAUUAACAAACACUAGAAUUCGAUCGACUCAUUCGAUUGUUUUGGCUAGUGGCUUUAUGUUCCUUUAAAUUAUUAAAGGAAAUUAUGUUUGUUAUACACAAACUUGAUCUGUUUUAAAAUUCUUUGGACCAAUUGAAUAAUCUACCAAAGUGGUUUAUUUGAUGUUAUUAUGAAAGAAUUUUUUUUUUUUUAGAAAACUCAGAUUCGUAGUUUAUGGGUUAUGACUGGUAGGCUAAUUUCCAAAGAAAUUGUCUUCUAGGUUCUACUGUAAACUAAUGUAUAGUGAGUCAUGAAGAACUUGAACAUUAUGUAUUUCAUCUUGCCUAAAGGUGUUGGAAUUUAUAAUUUUUGAUUCUCGUUGAUUUAUGCUUAGCUAUGCAAACACAUUUUGAUAAAAAAAUUCUUGCCUAAAGGUGAAGCUGAUUCAAUUUUUAUUAUAACAGAAAACCUUUUGUUCUAGUUUUCUGUUGUAAUAAUAAGAUAUAUAUAUAUCUUUUCACAUCAAAUGAGUUAUCAAUGCUAGGUGCCAAUCCCCUAAACUUCACCAACAUUCAGAAACUGAAUGGAAGCAACUACAAGAAAUGGAAACAGGAGAUUGACAUUCUGCUAGGACUGUUGGAAUAUGAUGUAGCUUUAAGAGAAGAAAAGCCAGCUGAUCUGACUGCAGAAAGCACUGAAGCAGAGAAAAGUUUUUUUGCCAAUUGGGAAAAGACCAACAGGUUAUCACUGCUGAUCAUUCAGAAUGCCAUGGAGGAACAUGUAAGAGGUGGAAUCAAGAAGUGUGACACUGCAAAAGAAUUUUUGGCUGCGAUAAGUGAGAAGUAUCAGAAAUCCCAAAAGGUAGAAACUGGAAAUUUUUUGUCGACAUUUACCACCAUGAAGCAUGAUGGUACUGGAAGUGUUCGUGAGCACCUUUUGAAGAUGGUUGAUGUGGCCAACAAGUUAACUAGCCUGCAGAUACCUAUUAAUGAUGAGUUUAUAGUUCAUAUGGCACUCAACUCCUUGACUCCUGAGUAUGAACAAAUUAAAGUCUCCUAUCAUACUCAGAAGGACAAAUGGUCAGUCAAUGAGCUAAUCUCAAUUUGCUGUGAGCAAGAAGACAGACUCAAGAAGGGAAAGGCAGUUGCUGUUAAUUUGGUUGAUACAGUCAAUGGCAAGAAAGCUGGUGGUCCAAAGAAGUAUGGAAAUCAAAAAUUUGGAGGAUCAAAAGGUGGAUCAACCUCUGGUAAGAAAUUUUCCAAUGAUUCUGCUGUACCUGCUAAAAAUGCUCAAAUCCCUCCUACAUCUGAAAACUUGAAAGUGAACAAAAAGAUUGUCAAAUGCUACUUUUGUCAAAAAUCUGGUCAUGUUAGAAAAGAUUGUGAAGGUUUCAAAGCAUGGCUGGUGAAGAAAGGGAUUCAGAAGGGAAAGGAUGCAAAGUAAAGAGAACUACAGAGUUUUUGUUGGAAAUGGAUCUAGAUUAGAAGUUGAGUCAGUUGGUAGUAUUGAGUUAAAAUUGUCUUCUGGUUUUCUUUUGUUUUUAAAUAAAGUACUCUAUGUACCUUCGAUGAGGAGGAACCUAGUGUCAGCAUCUAGUCUUGUAAAAGAUGGUUUUUCUUUCACUGGUGACAGUGAAAGCUUAAAACUUUUUCGAAAUGAUAAUUUAAAUGAUUUGCUUGGUUAUGCUUUCCUGAGUGGUGAUUUAUGGCAAAUUCAAUGCACUGAAGUUCAAGAAUGUUUCAACAUUGAAUAUUCUGCACCCAAGAGAAUGCUCACUAAUGAAAACUCUUCUAUGCUUUGGCAUAGAAGAUUGGGGCACAUCUCAAAGGAUAGAAUGACUCGGUUAAUAAAACAAAACAUUUUACCAAACUUGGAUUUAAAGGAUUUUGAAAUUUGCAUAAACUGUUUCAAGGGUAAAACUACUAAUACAAGAAAAAUUGGUGCAACCAGAAGCAAUGACCUUUUAGAAAUCAUUCACACAGAUGUGUGUGGUCCAUUUCCAACAAGAACCAUUUGUGGCAACUCUUACUUUGUUACAUUUAUAGAUGACCUCUCUCGAUAUACCUAUUUGUACUUAAUUUCUGAAAAGUCACAAGUCUUAAACUGUU